CGGCUUCCCGCAAGGAAAAGUUGCAGGUGAAACGAACACACUAUGUUUUGCGGUGUCAGUUUAGUUCGUGCUUACACGUUUAAGCACUGGACGCGGAUUCAGCAUAUCUGGUCGCCCUCGGCUGCAUUGUUUGUUCUGUUUGAGACCAUUGGUAUCUUAUCUUCCGCCUGCACGAACAAUGGACAACUGAGAAGGAAGCGUACUCUGUUACAUUCUCGGCGUCGCCAACUCUGCAUGCUAGAGCUAUGUUAGGUCGGACGCUGGAAUUUUUCUUCAAAGUGUGCCUUUUCGUUCAGGAACUGUUCCUAUACUGUUACGACAAUGUGGUUCAUUUCGUUUUUGGACUAUGGUACAGCAGAGUUCCGCAGCAAGCACUUCCUCCAAUAUCGGACCCGUUGUUGCUGCAGCCCGCAACGACUCUAGCGGAGAAGAUUCGGACGAAAGAGGUCAAAUGCGCAGAUGUUGUACGGGCCUACAUCAAACGCAUCAAGGAGGUGCAGCCGAUGCUCAACGCCAUCGUGGAUGAAUGCUUUGAGGCUGCGUUAGAAGAAGCGGAAGAGAUCGACAGGAUUCUAACCUCCGACGGUGGAGCUGCAAUGACACGGAACCAGCCCCUCCUAGGUGUUCCAUUUACGGUCAAAAACUACAUUGGGUUGGAAGAUCAUCUGCAAGACACUGGAUCCUGGUACUUCAAAGGCCACAGGGCUGAUGAUGACGCUAAGUCAGUGGAGUUUCUCCGUGUUGCGGGAGCGAUACCCCUGGCAGUAUCCAACGUACCUGAAAUGUGCUUUUCUAGCGACUGCAGCAACAGAGUCUACGGUCGUACGAACAAUCCAUACGAUACCAAUCGGAUCCCCGGUGGAAGUUCUGGGGGAGAAAGUGCACUAUUGGCUUCGGCUGCUUCUCUAGUAGGCGUUGGCACGGACAUCUUUGGCAGCCUUCGAUGUCCUGCAGCAUGUUGCGGGAUAUUCACUCACAAGCCUACAUCUGGUUCGGUCUCGUUAAAUGGCCUUUACCCUGACUUGGAUGGAGAUGUAUCUAAGUUCAACAACGUAGGACCUAUGGUUCGAUACGUCGAAGACCUAUUACCUGUGCUGAAGGUCUUGGUUGGGCCUCAAGAAUCCAAACGUCUGAACCUGGAUACAGCGGUCGACAUCAAGUCAGUGAAGCUCCACUACGUGCCAUAUGACGGCGCCGAGUUUAUCAGCCGCGUUCAACCGGUUAUGACAGCAGCAGUAUACAUGGCUGUCACGUACCUGGAAACUAUAUGCGAGAUGAAGUCCCAGCAUUUCUCGUUUCCUGAACUCCGUGAUGCUACGGAUAUAUGGAUGGCAAACUUUACAGCGGCAAGCAAGUUUCCUCUCGCGCAGCUCUUACAGGCAAAAAGAGGCCGCCUGCGACCCUUGAAAGAGCUCUUACUAACUGCAAUCGGGAAGUCGCACCACAGCCUUGCAUCCAUAUUCUUUGUUCAGUACCAGAACCGUGGUAAAUUUCAAGACGAAGGCAUCUUGCGCGAGUACGCCGUACGAAUGAAGGCAUUCAGCGAUAUACUAGAAAGCACUCUUGGCGAAGACGGAGUUCUGAUUCUGCCGGCGAAUUCUGCACCUGCUCCAUACCACAACGAAUGGUUGUCGCGAUUCACAUAUUUCAUAUCCUUCACAUGUUUGUUCAACCUGGUCGGCGUACCGGUGACCGUAGUGCCGGUGACGCGCGGUAAUGAUGGCAUGCCAGCAGCAGUCCAGGUUGUCGCCGGUCGAAACCAAGACCGUCUUUGCUUGGCUGUAGCGAAGGAGUUAGCUAAAGGGUUCGGCGGGUGGAAGCCUCCUGUGGCUGCUUCAGACUAACCGGGCGAAAGUAAUGCUGAUUAGAAAAAUAUAACGCGCAAAAUGGCGAGACCCGCGGUGGGGAGAUAUGUAAAAAAUGGCAUGCAAAGCUUGAUAAAACAGGAAAAUUGUGGCAAACUGGUGGGAGUGCAUCACAACGUUUCGUCCCCUUAUAUUAUAGGGAAGAUAUGUAAAAAAUGUCAUACACAGGUUGAUAAAAUAGAAAAACGGCGGCAAGCUGGUGCAUCACAAAUUCGUGCUCAGGAUAGAGGUUCCGUUGUGACACAGAGGUUUUGCACAAUAAUUUAGGUCCUACUACUCUGCGUUCAUGUGUCGAUCAUGUCUCGCAAGGGCAUACCUUCGGAAUGAAAUAAAAGGGAGAGACCGCAGCCUGUUAUGCAUCGCGAUAACGCGAUUGGCUUCUGUGUUCGGAACCGAUACCGCCGAACAUAAUUCUGCCUACUAGAACCGUUAACUGUCAUCACUGCCGUUGUAGAAUUGACGCUGCUCCAUCCUGCAUUCGACCCACUGGACACUCAACGACAUCGGACGACGCUGGGACAUUCGAAAUAGAAGACUGAGAAAGGUUUGGAAGUUCUGCACUAGCCGAUCUACAGCGAACACUUCAAUCUGCUACAGAGCAACAAAUCCAUUACAAAGGAGCCCCAACCUGAAUCCAAAAAACAGAACUCCAAUAAUAACAAGAAAGCAAGAUGGCAAAGCGGGCCAUCUCAACAACUGAGCCGCCACGAUAGACACGGUAGCCUUAAUGCAUAACAAACGGUAUAUCCUACAAGCUUCGUGCAACGCUGUCUGCCGUCGCGCCAGAAAGUCCAAACGGUACAGUACUCGUUCUUUACGGAAUAGGAAGCAAUCGAAGCACGCACGAUCACAGCAGACAAAACAAACACAAGUUGCGAACAACGGGAAUGAGUCUUGCACAGUGACGUCACGUUUGGUCACGUGAUAUUAGAAAACAUAUUGCCACACCGGAGUCACAGUAGUGAGGCAUGCCGUGAAUUGUUGCGGUAUGCGUGCAACUACGAGAGGGCAUCUUAAAAACCACGCUGCUGCCUCAUUCGGCCCGCAGUAUGGCGCCUGUGACGCAUCUGCAUGUUUUCCCAUGUCAGGUGACUCAAAAGCCGCGCAUGACGUCAUUUGCACAAGCCUCAUUAGCCGAGGCAGGCCACAAACAUAGACGACACAAACAGCUAAGCCUCCAACACCCGGAAUCAACAAAAUCAAACAACUCCAAAAUCAAACAAAACGUGCUGACGUCAUGACUCGAAGCUAACGUGCCUGACUCUCUUGGUUUCCAGUCAGGAGUGCUAAGGCAAAUCCAAGACAACAUUACUUUCUCCUGAAUUAGUGCGCUUCAAGUAGAAGGAGGGACGGGCAACAAAUCACCGUUCUUCCCAUUCUUUCUUACAUCACUCUCACUCACUCACUCAUUCAGGCACGAGACACUACGACAUCUUUGGUGUACGAUGUAUCCAGAAUUAGUCGAGGCAGGCCGUAAGCAUGGACGAAACAAACACGCGAGCUUGCAAAUCCCAGAAACUCAGGGAAAAGGGGGUGAUUCCAGAACUCAGGACCCUCAUGACCAUCCCUGACCAUCAUGGUCAGGGAUGCUAACGUUACAUCAGCUUAGCUGGCGUCAUGCAGUCCUGGCAUCAGUACGUUUACCCUGGGCUGUUGAAUUUUGUAGAGGAGAUGGUAUUCCUCUACAUUUGACGACACGGACAACCGAUACCUCAGUCCGGUGAACAAUUCGGCCUUCUAGCAUCGCUAUCCAAAUUUCACACCCAUUCGGACGCCUUGCAAAGCAUGUAACCCCGAAGCCUCCAAACGCAAUGGCGCCCUAUGCCUGCGCGAGGGCCCGACAAUCAUCGACUGCGACAACAUUAUGAGUUCGUCGCUCCCGUACCGGUCUCGGCAACGUCACUGUGUCAGCCUCGACUCGACCCCUAUCCGACCUCUUGGACUCCUUGAAACCUGCUACGUCACACGCCUCAACCUGGACACAUUAUUCGACGGCUUCCUGCACCCGGCAAGUUCAAGAGCCGUAUUGCGACGCAUAUCCACACCGGCACACGACGGAAUUCAUCAUGCGUCACAAUCAUGCACCACAUUCCUCAAUACUUCGCUGUUCUCCUGCCAGCCGCGACAUCAGAGGCUCACACUCGCCUGCCGGGUCGGCGUAACGGUAGCAUUCCUGACCAGAAAUAAGAGGGUUCAGGGUGCAGGGGGAGCCAACACCUUUUUCCUGAGUUGUUUGAUUUAAUUCAUUCUGGGCGUUGGAAACUUAUGUUUUUGUGUCGUCUAGUAGUAGUCGUUGACCUCAACUCGAGAGCAAGAUACAGACUGUCCUGGACACGGUUUAAAGUGAGACACAGUUCAAAGUAAUUAGGGCCCCCAAAGUAAUUGGGAGCAUACAUUGAGUAAUUACACUCAUUGGGGCCGUCCAUACACCUGUCCAGACGACCCCGUAUAUUGCCGGCAAGUUCAGGUAAUCAAAAGCAAACAAUUACUGCAAAGAGAGUGGACAGAGAUAACUAAUUUAAUUAACUAUCAUUGACAUCACUAUGAAGAAAAUCAGCAGCGCCCGCCGCCGUUGUGCAGCGCCGUGACGGCUGGAGAGAGUCACACCAGGCUACUGAGAGUGACCACCAGUUCUGCACAUCCUGGGUCACCAGGUGUGACGUCAUCACUGCAGGUCUGGGCAGGUUAGGACAGCUCUGGACAUGCAAGGAGAAAGACACUUAUACUGGAAACCGGGAAUUCAAACUUUUGUGAAAGAAAGAACAAAGUAUGCUAACAAGGGACACUAUCAAUAUCUAACAACAAGAACUAGGCACACAGCAAUGAUAACUGUUCUCUCUAUGCUCACAUUCUCUUUGUCUGAGGCUGCACCUGCAACCCCCAAGCUCUAAGUUUGUGCCAAAGGUCCCAGGAAUAUGUUGCCAACAUCACUAGAUUAUUUUCUUUAUCAUACUAUUAAUGAUUUCUACUCUUCAAUUGCUGUUUAGAAAAACUAUUACAAAAAGCCCUUACUACUCUCAAUCGUUCUGAAGGUACAAGCAAGAAAUUCAUAUUAUUUCUCUGAGUCAAUAAUUAUCCAAACAACGACACAACACGGGACACAUAUAUGCGGCCCUGAAACAAUAGAGCUAUAAUAAUAGUAGAGCUAUAAAGGAUGUAAUACGACGACUGUCGAUUGCUGCCUACAAGCCAUGCUGAUGCAGCAGUAAUGAUAGAGAUGCACAUGAAAUUGGACUUAAUUUCUUUUUACCUAUAUUCAUUUACACCAAAUGAAAGAUAUAUAAUAUAUAGAGUGGAACAGGUAAAUGAGACAGAACAGAAUGUCAGCAUUCGCUACACACUGUAGGUCUAAACCAUUUUUAAACCAAACCAGCAAUUUUUCAUAAGCGUGCUAUGCUUCACUAAGAUAGGUGCGUGACUAAUGAAUCAAAUAAAAAAAGGCAUUCCCACAUCAUUCACUGCAAGCUCCAGUACCCAAAAGGCCAGCAGGUUUUGCGACUCCUCUACUUGCCUUGGGUCCACCUCACAGACUCGAUACCUUUCUGAAUGUAUUGCGCAGGUACCGGAAUAAACAUUUCCCGCAAAGAUAA